CCUUCAUCCUUUCAUCCAACCCUACUUUUGGGGCGCUACAUUAUUAAACAGUCUACAUGAUGCUCGGCCUCACUAUGAGGGUACAGCGCCCGGCGUGGCAGUCAAAGCCUCAGAAUAUUAUCUCAAUACUCUCAAUGCAUAGAUCACUUUCGACAAUUGCUGAUCAGGAGCCAUACUGGCAAAAGAUAAAGCCAUGGAAGGAUGUCACUGCAGCUGAGUUCAAGACGUAUCGAUGGCAGCUCGCAAAUACUGUUCCUGAUGCACGAAGACUGCAACGUUUCCUUGAAAAUGUUUUGCCACCAACGAUUGGUAAAACCACGAAUCGUCUGCUUAAGCACAUUACGACCAAGCAACAUUUCAUCGACGAUGCUUCUGCUGCGUUGAAAAUGGCUCCUAUGGCGAUUCGACUUACCCCACAUCUGCUAUCAGCCAUUGACUGGGAAAAUCCACUGGAUGAUCCUGUCCGUCUGCAGUUUUUGCCCUUGGCAAGUGGGAUUGUUGCAGAUCACCAGAAGUUGACACUGGAUUCGCUAAACGAGCAGGAAGACUCUCCUGUGCCUGGUCUGGUCCACCGUUAUCCUGGAAGAGCUUUGUUUCUGGCAACUUCAAUCUGCCCUGUGUACUGUCGUUUCUGUACGCGCUCGUAUGCAGUCGGUGCCAACACAGAAACAGUCUCGAAACUACCGCAAAAGCCCAGUCGUAAGCGUUGGGAGGUUGUGUUCCAACACAUCGAGAGUGAUCCAAGCCUUCACGACAUCGUAGUCUCAGGCGGUGAUGCUUAUUACCUUCAACCUGACGACCUCAGGGAGAUUGGCGAACGGUUACUCAACAUUCCCCACAUCCAACGUGUUCGAUUUGCGUCGAAAGGUCUUGCCGUGGCUCCAUGCCGCAUAACAGACAACACUGAUACAUGGACUAGUACGCUCAUUGAGCUUUCCAACAAAGGCCGCGACAUGGGCAAGCAGGUUUGCCUACAUACGCACAUCAACCAUGCCAAUGAGAUAACUUGGGUUACCCGCGAAGCAGCCAAUCGCUUGUUCAAACACGGUGUCAUUGUUCGCAACCAGUCAGUACUGCUAAAGGGCGUGAACGACACGGAAGAAGCUCUGUCAGAUCUUAUUGGGACGCUUGCUAGCAUGAACAUUCAGCCGUACUACAUUUACCAGUGCGACAUGGUACGCGGCAUUGAAGACCUUCGCACGCCUCUGCAAACGAUCCUCGAUCUGGACCUGAAAUUGCGCGGCACACUUUCGGGAUUUAUGAUGCCAGCCUUCGUUAUUGAUCUUCCUGGUGGAGGUGGCAAGCGACUUGUGAGUACAUAUGAUGAAUACGACCCAGACACAGGCGUUGCAACAUACAAGGCUCCCGGUCUGCCAGGGGUAAAAGGUCAAAUGAUAUACACUUAUCACGACCCGAAGCCCGAGAAGCAUGACAUUGCCGAAGAGCUUCGUCAGGAGCAGAAGCUUGAUCAAGCGUCCGAGAAGCAUGUCAUUACCGAAGAGCUUCGUCACGAUCAGAAGCAGGAGCAAGCGUCUGAGCAAGAUAUGCCGUUGCAACAGCUCACCAGCCCCACCAUCCCGAAACAGGGCCCUUCCAUACCUCUCUCAGAAUCAGACUAUCGUCGAAAAAAACAAUUCAUUCAGCCCCCCCGGCUCACACAAAUCCCCGCUGCCACCAACGUCGGGCAUGCGGGUAUUAAGCCGGAGGAUUUGGCAACACCCAACCUUGGCGUUAGUAGCUGGCAGCAUGCAUCUGCCGCAGCCGCGGCGCCAAACGCUACGCUGUAAAGGGAAAUAGCGCCGCAUCGACCGUCGACACAUGUCUGGUUGCAAGCGAGUUUCCUACUUCGCUAAAAGUUACACAUCAUUUCAUUUGCUUUGGGGCUUCUUCGGGAAAUGUAAAAUUGGGACAGCACACCAGACGCACCAGACUGGGUUUGGUACAAGGACUUGAAAUUGCAUCGCCAGCGUCUUUCAUAAAAGUACUGUUUGGUUAGUACCAUCGCUUUCUGGGAGGGGCAUCAGUAUCAAAGCGUUUUCGAUACCCAGUCGUUUCUAUUGGCUCACUUAGGCAGCAGCGAGAUGGUACGGCAGGGCACA